AUGAAAGCCGCGGUCCUCGUCGCUCUGCUGGGCAUGGCUGCGCUGUGCUGGGGGCGCACAGAUCACUACCCCCCAGACGCUGCGUCCGAUUCUCGCGGCUCAGACGCUUUUCUCUCCAGAAAGCAGUCCAGUAAUUUCGCACAGAGGCAGACGAGAAGCAACCUCGGCGGCCCGGGGCAUGUUGCCGCUGCUGCCCCUCCCGCCGCCGGGUCUCCCCUAGAAUCCCAGCGGGAAGUUUGCGAACUCAACCCGGACUGCGACGAGCUGGCCGACCACAUCGGGUUCCAGCAAGCGUACAGGCGGUUUUACGGACCAGUUUAACCAGUCCGGACCAGCAAAGGCCAGAUCCCACCCGUCUAUAUCCACCACAUCAUAUUUAACUAUUAAAAUGCUCUUGGUCCUAAUAAACUCUGGUGACCAGCGUUACACAAGCAGUGGCCCCCGGGGCCUAAUUAGCAAAUAAAAAUGUAUAUUUCUGCAGAUCCAUUUUAUCUUCCUAUUGCAUAAAAUAUUUCUGGGGGUUCUAAUCUUACGACUUAACCCCUAGCCUGCUCAAAACAUGGCAAAUUACCCCCCUGGUGCCAGUAUUAGUAGUCUAGUU